CAGAAUUGCUGGAGGUAGAGCUCUUUCACUGGGCAGCUUUGUGAUCUGCAAUAUGAGAAACUUCUAGUUUGAUGAUGGAAGCUGAAAAGAUUACAGUGAACAGGGACGACCUUGACUUGCAUGAUUUGUACGAGAACUUUUAUAAUUAUUCAUGGAACGACUCUGAUGAUGGUUGUUGUGAGGGGGAUGAUAUUUGUGACCGAACUGAUGGUGUGAAUUUUGAAGCGGUGUUCAUACCAGUUCUGUACUCUGUGGUGUUUGUUGUUGGUUUACUGGGACACGGACUGCUGUUGGGAAUACUGGCUCGGAGUAGGAAAACCUGGAGUGUGACAGAUACCUUCAUCCUCCACCUGGGAGUGGCAGAUGUCCUGAUGCUGGUGACGCUGCCCAUCUGGGCUGCACAGUAUGGGCAAAGUGAUGGAUGGACAUUUGGUACUCCCCUGUGCAAGAUCAGUGGAAGUGUUUUUACAAUGAACUUCUACUGUGGGAUCUUUCUCCUGGCCUGCAUCAGUCUGGAUCGCUACCUGUCCAUCGUCCACGCCACCCAGAUGUACUCCAGAAAGAAGCCUUGGGUUGUUCAUGCCAGCUGCUUGAUGGUUUGGUUCUUUUCCCUGCUCCUUUCUAUCACUGACUGGAUCUUUCUAGAAGAUGUGUUUGAUGACAGACGAGGCAGAAGAGAGUGUAUUCACAACUAUCGCAAAAUUAAUGAAACAGCAGAAGAUUCUUGGAAGUUGGCAUCUCGCCUGAUUUAUCACAUAAUGGGUUUUCUGCUUCCUUCAGUUGUCAUGAUUGUCUGCUACUCCUGCAUCCUGCAUCAGCUGAGGUGUGGAACUCAAAACCUUAAAAAGCAGAAAGCUUUCAAGGUCAUCGUGGCUGUGGUUGUGGUUUUCUUUCUCUGCUGGACGCCGUACAACAUCACGCUCUUGGUGGAAACGUUUCAUUUUGACAACAGCAUUGAAACUUGUUCAGUCACAAUAUUGCUGGAGAAAGCUAAGACAGUGACCAUGACUGUGGGUUUCAUUCACUGCUGUCUUAAUCCAGUCCUGUAUGCUUUUAUGGGUGUGAAGUUCCGGCAUCAGCUCUUGGGCAUCCUCAGGUGUCUGGGCUGCAAGGUGGAAAGUGCCAAACUCCAAUCUGCUGUCAGGAACAGGAAAAGCUCCAUUUGGUCUGAGUCUGCCGACACCUCCAACUCUAUCGCUAUCUGAGAAAGACAAAAACAGCAAAUCUGAACAAGUUUACAAAUUGACCCAAAUUGACAUGAAGUGAAAAACAUGAACAUCCCUAUUUGCAAUGUGCGUUUCUGUAUUUUGUUGUUAGAUUACUGAAACAGGCAGUGGUUGUGCUGUUUUCCGUAGUUUUUGGUGCAUCAAUGGUUGAAUGUGAAGAGACAGAAAUAAUUUUGUCUAUCUGAGACUCACACCUGCAUUUGUUGGCAGCUUAUAAUAUUUCUUCUUUUGAUUGCAGUGCAGUACUGUACCAUAAAUAAGUCAGGACAGCAUGAGAACUAUUAGUGUGAAGAGCUACUAUUUUCUCUUAAAAGGUUUCAAACAGCAUGCGUUCUAUGCCUUGUUUUAUUUAUUUUUUUGUGAAAUGUUUUCUUUAAACAUAAACAGGUCUGUUUUCAGUACUACAGUACUGUCAUGAUCUGGGUCUGUGAGUCAUGUUUUCAUUUUUUUGGACCUUCUAAUUUUGUUAUUUAAUGUCUCCUUGAUUAUUAGUUUGUGAUGGGAUAUUGUACCAUUUUGGGUUUCAUGUGCAGCCUCAGACCUCAGACCUUGGUUACCCGAGUUAUGUUCUUGCUUACAGUUUAUUGCAUUUCCUGAGUCCCUGUGGUUCGUCUUGUUGUCAAGUGUGCGUUUGUGUCAUGUUUAGGCAGUUCCUCUAUCGUUUUGUCAGUCUUGUCUCUUGUGCAUUGUGUUCAGCGUUGCUUCCCUUGUUUCAUUAGUUUAUUCAGUUCACCUGUUUGCUCCAGUAUUGUCCUCUUUCCCUAAUCACCCUGCAUGUGUAUUUAAGCCCUCAGUUUUCCCUCGUUCCCCUUGUUGUGUUGUUAUCUCAUUGCUGUGUGUCUCGCUGCCUUGUGUUUACAUGCUACUCUCUAGUUCCU